CCAGUCCAGAGUUAUUUUCCCCCUUUUCUCUCCAUCUGACCCUGAACACAAUGGAGCAGCAGCAGACGCAGAUCUAACUCGGACAAAAACACUUCACUGAGUCUAUGAUGAAGACCUGUGUUAUUCUGUGUCUCGCGCUGGUUUUGGUGGAGCUCCAUACUGGAGUUUGCCAACAGCCCAGACGUAAGAAGGAUCAGGGGGACAGCCGCGUCCGACCUGGCAAAAGGGUCAAACCUCGUCCCCCCAAAACCAAAGAUCCUGGAGCCAGAGGCCAGUCCCUCCUCACACAGGUCCUGGAGAAGGGGCGCUUCCUUCGGCUGGGGAACGCCACUGUGCUCCCCCCAGGAAGAUCUGUGGAGCUCAGAUGCAAAGGAAGCAACAUCGGGUGGGGCUACCCAUCAUAUCUGGAUACAUACAAUGACUCCAGGCUCAGCAUAAAUCAGAUAGAUAAAUAUGGCCAGUUGAUCCUCACAGCGCCCUCUGCUGCCGAUACUGGGAUGUACAGCUGCUGGGUCAUUCUCUGUGAUGGAAAAGAGUGCUCCAAAGACACAGACCGGAGCUACUCCACAUAUGUCUACUUCACUGACAAAGACAGCCUCUUCGUGCCCUCUCCCAUCCACAUAGAGCUGGUGUAUCUGCGCCCGGACCGCCCCGCUGUGGUGCCCUGCAGAGUGACCGACCCCCAAACCCAAGUGACGCUGCACAGAGAGGUGCCCCCACAGGAGAUACCCACCAACGGCACGGGCGUGACCUUUGACCCCACCCAAGGGUUCGUCCUGGAGAGUCCCGGACCAGAGCUACAGGGAGUGUACUACUGCAAGGCCCAGAGCAGAGGGGCCCCACAGAUAUCAACCAAGUACCAGCUGCUCUAUGUGGAGGUUCCCAGUGGUGCUCCGUUUGUCAGCAUGGAAACAUCUCCGGAUUUCGUGUUGGAGGGCGACUCGGUGAAUGUGACCUGUACUGUCCUGGGAGAGCCCGAGGUCCCCAUACACUUUAAGUGGAUCUAUCCCAACCAGUCCUCCCGUUCAGCUCAGGUGCACUCGUCCUGGCGUUUGGUGAAGAGGGGGCUGGGUCACACCACUCGAGUCUCUCAGAGCGUUCUCAUCAUUAAAGAGAUGAACCGUAAAGACUCAGGGAGCUACAUCUGCAAAGCCCAGAACAAGUACGGAGAAACUGUAGUGGCCACCAAUGUCCAGUCUGGAUAAACUGUCCACGUACUCAUCCAAUAACACAAGCUCUUGAAGGUGCACUGUGGAACUUUUCUAAUAUAGGAUCCAUCACCCCGUUGUCUCCGUGGAGAUGUUCUGCCAUGUCAGAAAUGUUCCAGAGAAUGGUAUUAAACUUAUCAAUCUCCAUGAAAACAAGCAUAUUUAUAGGUCAGAUCAGUGGAAAGCCAGCCCACUCUGGUUUGCAGUUAUGAUUUUCAAUGUAUUUUUGAGCAAUUAAAACAAAUGUACUGCAGAAAAAGCAAGGUGGCGGAUCCGUUUACGAGAAAAAAUUCAUAGUGCACCUUUUAAUAGUAUAUUUUUUAUCUAUAUGAAAAUAAAAAUAUUGUAAUUUUAUUGAAGCAUCAAAGAUUUUCUACCAAAUACCUGCUAGUCAGUGAGGUAAACACAGAUAGUCCUGAUUCAAUCCUUGAGUGCGAUCUAAACCACAACUAAACCAAUGAUGCACCUCCCCCUAUUUGGGACAGCAAUAGCAUAUAAUAUUAUAAUAGUAAUAGUAGUGCUUGUAAAUACUUUUUGAACUGAUUUGCCUUCCAGAGAGUUUUAUAUGUAAUAAAAACCUUAGUAGAUUGUACCAUGUAUUUUGUCCUUGCCAAUAAUAAAUCUGGGUUCUGUGGUUUU